UGUCCCCUCGCCGGCUGCGGCCCCGGGCUCCGCCAUGGGGAAUGUGCCAUCCGCAGUGAAGCACUGCCUCAGCUACCAGCAGCUUCUCCGGGAGCAUCUCUGGAUCGGGGAUUCGGUGGCAGGGGCGCUCGACCCCGCGCAGGAAUCAUCUCAGUUACCAGGACUCCCCGAGUAUGUUAAAAUAGUAGAAGUUGGACCUAGGGAUGGAUUGCAGAAUGAAAAGGUUAUAGUUCCUACAGAUAUAAAAAUUGAAUUUAUCAAUAAACUUUCCCAGACUGGCUUGUCUGUAAUAGAGGUGACCAGCUUUGUGUCUUCCCGAUGGGUCCCACAGAUGGCUGAUCACACUGAAGUGAUGAAAGGCAUUCGUCAGUAUCCGGGAGUUCGAUAUCCUGUCCUUACUCCUAACCUUCAGGGGUUUCAUCGUGCUGUUGCUGCUGGAGCCACUGAGAUAUCAGUUUUUGGUGCUGCAUCUGAGUCCUUUAGCAAGAAGAAUAUUAACUGUUCCAUUGAAGAGAGCAUGGGGAAGUUUGAGGAGGUGGUUAAGUCUGCAAGGCACAUGAAUAUUCCAGCACGAGGGUAUGUGUCUUGCGCCCUGGGCUGUCCAUAUGAAGGAAGCAUUACUCCACAAAAAGUGACAGAAGUGUCUAAGAGAUUGUACAGCAUGGGCUGUUAUGAGAUCUCUCUGGGAGACACCAUCGGAGUGGGAACCCCAGGGAGCAUGAAGAGAAUGUUGGAGAGUGUAAUGAAAGAACUCCCACCGGGGGCUCUUGCUGUUCAUUGUCACGACACCUACGGACAAGCCUUAGCAAAUAUCCUUACGGCUCUUCAGAUGGGAAUUAACGUGGUGGACUCUGCAGUUUCUGGAUUAGGUGGUUGCCCUUAUGCAAAAGGUGCUUCAGGGAAUGUAGCCACUGAGGAUUUGAUAUAUAUGCUUAAUGGCCUGGGACUCAAUACAGGCGUGAAUCUUCACAAAGUGAUGGAAGCUGGUGACUUUAUUUGCAAAGCUGUGAAUAAAACCACAAACUCUAAAGUAGCACGAGCCUCCUUUGGGAUUUGACUUGGGUGGAAUUCUGACUUCAGUCUGAGAAGACCAAUUUCAGCUAUGUAUACAUAUUCACCUAAAAAUCAUUAAUGUCAACUUGUUCUGUAAUGUGAGGGGGAAAGAGAUACUCUUUAAAAAGAUUAUAACUGAAUAGAUUAUGAAGUCUACAGAAAGCAAUACCAGUCAUCAGGGAAAUUGCAGGCCGAAGACAAAUAAUGAAGUUUGUGGUCAUACUUUUGAA